UAUUAAAUUGCUAUAAUAAUUUACCCUUUAAAGAGGGGGACAAUUUCCAGCAAUAUCCAAAGGCCAUGCAAUGGAAACAUGGGUUACAAGGACAAAAUAUUGUCUACAAUGCUGCAUUCAGUUUAACGUACAUUUCGAGUCAAGGAGAUGUAACGUUGAGGCGAGCAAAGUGUUAAACUGAUUACAGUGAUGUUGAUACAGUAUCGAUGGCUUAUGUUGGAGCAGCCUACUUGAAAAACGCGACAGUCUAUCUGAAUCUAGCUUCUAAACAGUAACAUGGAUGACAAAGUGAUCGACUACGUGGUCUGUUAUAACAUCACCAUCGCGAAAUAAAUGUUUGCUUUACGGGUGAAACUAAAUGCUCGUCUUGUGUAGACAUUCUCAAUUGAGUGCAAUGAAUAAUACGAAGUUCGGUAACACAUAACGUAAGCCUAUAAAAAAGUUUAUAAGUGCUAGCUUGCGCUACACAAACCUCGUUAAUAAAACAAUACCAAAACGAUAAAUUAAACAAUCCACAUGGAAUAUUUUUCAUUGACUUUGAUGAAGUCGAAGGUCCGUCUUCACCGCUGGAUGCCUUCUCCACACAACGCUCUGAAGCCUCGGUGACGUACGGACAAUCUCAACACCGAUAGGCUAUCGCGACUCAGCCUCAUGCGACUGCUUCGCUUGAGUUGAAGCGCCCCCUUCGCGCAGCCCGACAGGAAAUCGCGGCUCUACGCGUCUUUGCAUUGACUUCGUAUGCAAACUCACCGCCCCGAACGCUGGUUUCGCUUUUGGUCUGAAAGCACCAUAAGUCAACUGAAGGUUUUGAACGCUGUGUAGUAUUUUUCCCAGUGCGAUCUGAAUUGAAACACAGUAAGCGUGGGUGCCUCUGGAGGUCUGUGUCUUACCUACAUAAAAUGAGAAAUUUUCUUUAAAUUCUCAGAAAACGUCAGAGUUUGGCUGGUGCCUGGUUAAAGGUUUCUUAGGGGGGCUUCUGUUUGGAGAAUUUGGAGUCAGGAAGGAAAUUCCGUAGUAAGUGCGGUUGCAAAGAUGCCUCCCAAGACCGUUAAACGCGCUCUGACCGACAUGCUGGAGGAUUUGAGUGAUAUACAGCUAAUGCAGUUCUGCUCCGCUAUCUUGGACCGCAGGGAUGAGCCGCGGGUCAGGCGCAGAGCCCUGGAAGGCCAAAACUAUCUGGAAAUUGUAGAUGUCCUGGUUACAACCUUCACAGAGUCCGGGGCCAAGGAAGUGGCUCUGGAGACGCUGAAGGAGAUUGGCUGCAACGCGCAAAGAGAGAGCUUCGCUAAAGACAUAAGUGAAGGAUCGCUGACAUCUGUUUCCUGUUAUGGCGACAUCAUGAUAGUGGAAACUACUGGUGCCUCAAUGGGAACAGCUCAGCAGGACAAGCUGAAAUACUCAGGUAUGAGGGCAUCACACGCCAUGGCAGAGACUGAUCUGAUAGAAAUGAACAACUACAAAUCCAUCAUCAAAAACGUGGCUCAUCAGAAAGGAGUUGAUCCUGCUCUCAUUGCUGCCAUCAUCUCCAGAUCAUGCAGGGCUGGAAAGACCCUGAUGGGAGGCUGGGGGUGCUAUGAUGAAAAGAGACAGAAAUACAAUGCCUAUGGGCUGAUGCAGAUUGAUGUCAAUUCACAUGGAGGUGGACACACCCCAAAAGGCUCAUGGGACAGUGAGGAACACCUCUGCCAGGCCACCGACAUCCUGAUUCAUUUCAUUUUACGCAUAAAGCAUGCAUUUCCUGACUGGAGCAAGGAGCAGCAGCUGAAAGGAGGGAUAGCAGCCUACAAUGCAGGAGAUGGGAACAUCCUUUCCUACGAAGAGGUGGACGCCGGAACCUCAUGUGGAGACUACUCCAAUGAUGUUGUUGCCAGAGCUCAGUGGUACAAAAGCAAUGGUGGCUUUUAAAACCUGAAACUGCCCACAACCUAAUAAAAUGAUAGACAAAA